AUGCCUGGCUCACACAUCUCGGACGCCUCGCCCAUGGCCCGGAGCCCGCGGUCGACGUCGCCGUCUGGCCCAAGGACUACAGAGGAGACGAGUCGAAUGCUGUCACCGCCUGGAAUGCAACAUCCCAGGAACGAAACACAAAACCUCCACAAUCCCUCGCCAUCAGAUACUGCACCCAGAAUAAUGCGCUCCGCACCUACCGGCUCGCCCCUAACACCCAGAGAACCCUCAGAGUUUCCCUUCAAUGCGCCAGCCAAUGCAAAUGGCAGCAGUGUUGCCCCCGAAUACGCCGAACCUCCCCUUCGAGCCCCCAAGCCCUCAUCACACAUGUCGAAUGCAUCCAACAGCUCCUACUACCCGCCCUUUGCGCCCAUGUCACGACAUCCUACCGAGGGCGAGCUCUCCGACGCACCCCGAGAACGAAAGAGCGUCCAAUUUGCACGCUCCGCACAACUUGGGCCUGACCCAUCACAAGCCAAUUCGCGCCAACAGUCAUGGGAGGUUGACGACGGUGAUGUCAGGGCCAGGGAGCGGAGUACACAGGCCUCUUCGUUGAUGGGCAAGCUGAGGGCACUGGCAUCGCCAAUUCAGGGACAUGGCCGAAGCUCGAGUGGUUUGGGAGCUGGCUCGUCUGGCGGCCAUGACGGCUCGCCCCAUGGCCCGCUGUCACCCACAUCCGAACUCGACGAACCGCGGUUCGAGGGACAUGACAGUGAGGCCGAUGCCGAUGGCGAAUCCAGUGCUGGCGAGGGUGCCUCGAGAAGACCGAGACAGAGGCGCAGAAAGAGCAGCCGGCGUUGGUUUGAUGGCGAAGCUGAAGGUGCACAAACCGCUCCUACAACACCAAAGCAAAUGAGUGGUAGCGGUGGCUUCUUUUUCUCCCGAGACUCGCCCACUAUGACGCCUACCUCUACCCGCCCGGGCUUCCUGCGCCGAUCUACAAUGGACGACAUACCCGAGAAUGAGCGUCAGGGCUAUUCUGAGGAUGAGGGCCGAUCACGCAUAGCAAAGGAGAGUGCUUGGUCACGCGGGCUACACAGUGCUAGAGGGCUUUCAUACGGCGGCCUGCGGAAACACGAUCCCAACAAUGAGGAAGAGGGUCACCAUAACCGACCGACACACCUGCGAAGUCUGACAAACUUCCGCGGUGCUCAUGGCGACACACAACCUUCGCCGUGGAGGAUGCGCAGUGAACGUACCUCGAGUCUGAGCGCUCAGAAAUGGAAGUCAAUCAAGAACAGUCUGAAGCUUUUGGGCAACAGACAAAAGGUAGAGCGCCAGAUUGACCAUGCAAAGUCGGCCGAGCUCAUGGCCGAGCUGCUUGCUGGUGCCCCGGCCGCCCUCUUCCUGGCCAGUAUGUUCCAGCGUGACGAGCAUGGUCACAAGCGCAUCCCCGUUCUCCUUGAACAGCUCAAGGUCACUAUUACCGACACGGAUCGCCCUGGAAAGAAGGAAGGCGACCGCCACACUGCUUUGCGCAUUGAGCUCGAAUAUGGCAGUGGUCUGACCCGUAUGAAGUGGGUCGUUUACAGGAGUGUUGCCGACUUUGCCAAUUUGCAUCUUAAGUUCAAGGUCCAAGAGAAGCAGGACGCUUUCCGAAAUCGGCCUGCAAACCGCACCCGUGAGAUCAAGGACAAGGCGACCAAAGAUGGCGAGGAAGAGGAGGAAGAGAAAGAAGAUCCUAGAACAAAACUUCCUCGUUUCCCCAGGAGUGUAUUGCCUUAUCUCCGAGGCCUCCGAGGUUACGGUAUUCUCGAUGACGAGGGCGAAGAAGAAGAGGAAGAUAAUGCCAUAGGAGGUGCCGCCAGUGGGCCUGACGGUGAUGCCAGUGCUACUGAGCGACCUUCCAAGAAGCGAGGCAAAUCGUCUUUCUUGGGCCGUAGACAAUCCAGCGUCAGCGGCAGUCAAGCACAGGGCGCCAUCGGCGCAUUGGUAGUCCGACAAGGUAGCUUCGUAGGAGCUGUCGGUCAACCAGCACAAGCGAAACAGAACCACCACGACCGACAACGGAAGAAACUCGAACAAUACUUGCGUGGACUGAUGACCUAUCUCAUCUUCCGUCCUGACAGCAAUCGGCUGUGCAAGUUCCUCGAACUCUCUGCUCUGGGUGUCCGACUAGCUGCCGAAGGCGGCUACCACGGAAAGGAAGGCUUCCUAAUGAUCAAAUCCUCAAAGGGUGUCGACAACAGGAAGGGCUGGACCAAGGUCUCCAUGAUCAACCGCCAUUGGCCAAAAUGGUUUCUAGUCAGACACAGCUACGUGGUCUGCGUAGACUCUCCUGAAGAGAUGAAUGUCUACGAUGUGUUUCUCGUGGAUGCGGACUUCAACCUGGAAUCCAAGAGUGGCAGGAUACGAGACAAGAAGGCCAGGGAUAUUGCGAGCGAAGCAAAGGCAUCCGCAACAGGCCACCAUCAGCUGAAGCUUAUCAAUGCCGAGCGCAAGAUGAAACUACUAGCCAGAAACGAUAGGAUGCUACAGCAGUUUGAAGAGUCCAUCAGCUUCAUGGCGCAAAAUACUGUGUGGUCACAACGCCAACGAUUCGACAGCUUUGCUCCUGUACGUAAGAAGAUUUAUGCACAGUGGCUGGUCGAUGGUCGCGACUACAUGUGGAAUGUUUCGCGUGCCAUAAGCAUGGCCCGGGAUGUCAUCUAUAUCCACGAUUGGUGGCUGAGUCCUGAACUCUACCUACGCCGUCCAGCCGCCAUCAGUCAAAAGUGGAGACUCGACAGACUGUUGCAGCGGAAAGCGCAGGAAGGUGUCAAGAUCUUCGUUAUCAUGUAUCGCAACAUCGGUGCCGCCAUCCCCAUCGAUUCUGAGUAUUCCAAGUUCUCUCUGCUUGACCUGCAUCCCAACAUCUUUGUCCAGCGUUCGCCAAAUCAGAUCCGCCAAAAUACCUUUUUCUGGUCUCACCACGAGAAAAUCUGUGUCAUCGACCAUACCGUUGCCUUUUGCGGAGGAGUCGAUCUGUGUUUUGGUCGUUGGGAUACGCCCCAGCAUGUUGUCGUAGAUGACAAGCCCACAGGCUUUGAGCUUGAUGACACACCCAAGGACGCUGACCACUGUCAAUUAUGGCCGGGCAAGGACUACUCCAACCCUCGAGUUCAGGAUUUCUUCGCGCUCGACAAACCAUAUGAGGAAAUGUACGAUCGCUCAAAAGUCCCUAGAAUGCCAUGGCACGAUGUUGGUAUGCAGAUUGUCGGUCAGCCAGCUCGUGACUUGACCCGCCACUUUGUUCAGCGAUGGAACUAUCUGCUACGACAACGUAAGCCCUCGAGGCCAACGCCCUUCCUGCUACCGCCACCCGAUUUCAACCCAGCUGACAUCGAGGCUCUUGGACUUGACGGAACGUGCGAAGUGCAGAUCCUUCGCUCUGCAUGUGCUUGGUCACUGGGUACGCCCAACAAGGUCGAGCACAGCAUCAUGAACGCAUACGUGCAGAUGAUCUCCACCUCGGAGCAUUUUGUCUACAUUGAAAACCAGUUCUACAUCAGUAGCAGUGAGGUGCUGGGUACAAAGAUUGAAAACAGGAUCAACGAUGCCAUUGUUGACCGUAUCAAGCGCGCUCAUGCAAAUGAUGAAGACUGGAGAGCAUGUAUCAUGCUUCCUCUCAUGCCUGGAUACCAAAAUACCGUUGACGAACAGGAAGGUAGCAGUGUCCGUCUCAUUAUGACCUGCCAGUAUCACAGCAUCUGCCGUGGCGAAGGUUCCAUCUUCGGUCGCCUGAGAGCUGCGGGUAUUGAGCCCGAAGACUAUAUCCAGUUCUACGCCUUGCGAUCGUGGGGUGAGAUCGGCCCGAACAAGAUGCUCGUCACAGAGCAGCUCUACAUCCACGCUAAGAUUAUGAUUGUCGAUGACCGGGUUGCCAUUAUUGGAUCUGCAAACAUCAAUGAGCGCUCCAUGUUGGGAUCACGAGACUCUGAGAUUGCAGCCAUUGUUCGCGACACUGAAGUACUGGAUUCUUAUAUGGGUGGCAAGCCAUACAAGGUCGGCAAGUUUCCCCACACACUUCGCAUGCGUCUUCAGCGAGAGCAUCUGGGUAUCGAUGUGGACUGCAUUUCCGAGGAAGAACUGGCCAGUCAAAUGUCUGAUGCCGAUAGUGUCGGUUUCCAUACUGAGUCGUCCGGGCCCGGUUCGCCUACAGCCCAGCGCACCACUGAGCAAAAGCUGGAGGAGAACAACUACAGAAUGCAAGAUGAGCUUAUCGAAAAGGCCGAAAAGCUGCACAGCUUCAAUCACGACUUUGACUGGGCACAAGACCAGAAUCCGCACUUGCAGAGUACCAAGAAGCCAUCAACCGAUGUUCGUGUCCAGAACAACACAGCACAUGCAAAAGAUGUGCGGGGUGAGGGUGCUGAUCAUAUGCUCGAGGUAGAACAUUUGCGACCGACAAUUGCCCAAGGUCGGGAUUCGUAUAUCGAUGAGCAUGGUCACGAAAAACUCGUGACAGACAUCGCAGCCGAAGGUCUGGCGGCUACACCAAAGAAGAGCGCCACCCUCAGGACCCGAAAGCGUAGCGGCACCACGGGCACUAGAAACAGCGCAAUCAGUGCACUGAAUGAAGGAACUGGAUACGCUGGUCUUCCGUCUCCUAAGAUUCCACGUAUGGACACGCAGAAGCUUGGUCUUACGCAGCUCAGCCAGCUGCCUGCAUUGCCUAUUUUGGAUGAUACGGACAUUGGUGGCCCACCUGCCCUGCAACGCACUUGGAGUCAAGGCUCAUCCUCAGUUCUUAAUCCAAUUCUCUCCGAGAUGAGACGUCCAAUUGUUACUGAAGACUGUAUGCGCGAUCCUAUCAGCGAUUCCUUCUUCCUCGAUACCUGGCAUCAGAUUGCUGAGAACAAUACCAAGCUGUUCCGCCAAGUCUUCCGCUGCAUGCCCGACAACGAAGUCAAGACAUGGAAAGAGUACCAGGAAUACACUAAUUUCGGCGAACGCUUCGCCAAGUCACAAGGCGGUGAUAAGGGCCAGGCGCAUAAGCAGCAGGACGCCCCUACUGCUACCGGACCGCCUGGUACGGGUAUCACUGGCAAGGUUGGAAACAGGGUCGGAACGUUGGGCGAGAAGCUCACUGAGAAGAUGACCAACAAUUCUGACAGCAAGAUGACCGACAACGGAACUUCGACUACUGAGCAUAGCGUAGAGCAAUGGGCUGCUGGCCACGAGAAAGGAGCACAGGCUCCAAACCUAUCAGUUCAGACAAACCGCGGGAUUCAUAUUGACACAGCUUCUGGAUCUACGUUGAACGAGAAGCUGGCGCCAGAGCCUGCUGACGACGCCAUUGUGUCUCCAAUGAACCCCGCGCCACCAGAAAAGACGUUCACCUUCCCUGCUCCACCGCCUAUUCCCGAUAGCUCGUACGACUUUGCUACGCAUAACCCACCCCAGACAUCGCACUCGAUGCGCGAACGGGGUCGUCAAGUCACUAUCAACGAGCCUACCUUCCACCCCUCUCAAAACUCCAAUGUUCCCAACCGCUCCAACACCAAGCGUUCGCGCCGCCGUGCUACAACUAGGAGCUCCAAUAAGACAUUCCACGCUGCUGACGCAGACAUGAUGUUGGAUAAGGAGGAUGCAAAGAGGGUGCUUGAGUUGGUGCAGGGUCAUAUAGUGCUCUGGCCGUAUGAUUGGUUGGAGAGCGAGGAGAAGGGCGGAGGGUGGUUGUAUAAUGUCGACCAGAUUGCGCCGUUGGAGAUUUAUAAUUAA